AUGGCGUUCAACGGGAAAGCCCCGUACGCCCCGGACUAUGCUUCCUACAACUGGAUUGGAGCACCCGCCAACUUCGAACUCGCGACCAACUCAGACUUGGGCGGCGAUUCCCGCACCGAAAAUGUGAAUAAAUGGUUCCAAUCCGGCGACCAGGCCUACAUUAUCGUGGCCUCGGCCAUGGUCAUGGUCAUGAUUCCCGGUCUCGGCUUCUUGUACUCGGGAUUGGCUCGUCGAAAGUCCGCUCUCAGCAUGAUCUGGGCCUGUAUGGCUUCCUUCUCUGUUGUGACUUUCCAGUGGUAUUUCUGGGGUUACUCACUUGCUUUCUCGACGACUGCUACCAAUGGUUAUAUCGGCAACUUGCGCAACUUCGGGUUAAUGAAGACCUUGGCUGAUCCAAGCCCCGGUUCUCCACUGAUCCCUGGUUUGCUCUUUGCUUUCUAUGAGAUGCAAUUUUGUGGCGUCACAGCAGCUAUUGUUAUGGGAGCUGUCGCCGAGCGCGGUCGACUUCUUCCUGCCAUGGUCUUCACUUUCAUCUGGGCUACUAUCGUCUACUGCCCGCUGAGCUGCUGGAUCUGGAACAGUAACGGCUGGGCAUUCCAAUACGGUGUUAUGGAUUACGCCGGUGGUGGUCCCGUCGAAAUCGGAUCCGGUUUUACAGCCCUCGCCUACUCGAUGGUCCUUGGUCGCCGACAAGAACGCAUGAUGCUGAACUUCCGUCCACACAACGUCUCCCUCAUCCUCCUCGGUACCGUCUUCCUCUGGUUCGGCUGGCUCGCAUUCAACGGUGGUUCCGCGUUCGGAGCCAACCUGCGGGCAACCAUGGCCUGCUGGAACACUAACUUGACCGCGGCUUUCGCGGCCAUCACUUGGGUUCUGCUCGAUUGGCGCCUGGCGCGCAAGUGGUCGAUGGUCGGCUGGUGUUCCGGUACCAUUUCAGGACUUGUCGCUGCGACCCCGGCUUCCGGUUUCAUCUCUCCCUGGGCUAGCGUGAUCCUCGGCAUUGUGACCGGCGUUGUUUGCAAUUACUCCACCAAGAUCAAGUACUGGAUCCGGAUUGACGACUCUAUGGAUGUGUUGGCAGAGCACGGUAUCGCCGGUAUCAUCGGUCUGAUCUUCAACGCGCUCUUUGGCGACGACGCCAUCGUUGGCCUGGACGGUGUCAACACCGGCGCUGGCGUCGGCGGCUGGGUGAUCCACAACUACAAGCAGCUGUACAUUCAAAUCGCCUAUAUCGUGGCCACCGCCUCUUACACCUUCGUCAUGUCCGCCAUUAUCGCCUAUGCCAUCAAUGCCAUCCCGGGAUUGCAACUGCGUGCCUCCGAGGAAGCCGAACUCCUCGGCAUGGACGACGACCAGCUCGGCGAGUUCGCCUACGACUACGUCGAGGUCCGUCGCGACUACCUCGCCUGGACCCCACAGAACCACGACCAGCUCGAAGACGGCCACCAAGUCCCUGCCGCGCAGCGCUACGGUAUCGGCGAGCACAGCGAGAUGAUGCUCGGCAGCCCGCCGCGCGAAAUGAUGCUCGAGGGCCACUCACCACCCAACGGCGAGGUCGGCCGGAGCAGUCGCGGCGGCAGCGAAGGUGACAUGGCCAUGCACGAAAUUAAGAUGGCCCCUGCUCCUCGCCAGGUUGCUGAGCAACAUCCGCCCAACACACAGCAGGGCGCCGAGCCUGUUGUACUGAAACCGGUCAACGAGAAGACGGAGGACUAA